AUGCGGUUAGCGCAAAGCGAUCACGGUUCCCCUGCGGUCUCCACGUUAAACUAUCAAAGCGAUGGUCGGCUCUAUCGGCGGGCUCACUCGCGCCGAACCUCAUUGAACAAAAGGGGCCUCGAGAAACGUCCCUCGCCUUCCAGAAAACUACGCAAACCCGGAUCCCUCCAAUUGGCCUACCUCGCCGCCCAAUCCGACUCUCAAUGCUUUCACGCUCUCCCCGCUAAGAUUCAGCAACAGCUAUUCUCCCCGGAAGAACGAUUGCGCCUGAAGAGAGCCUACCGGUCGAGUCUGAUCUACGACGCUGCCGACGAAGCCUACCAACGAGACUGUGGCCGCAGUUCGCGCCCUUCCACUGCCUGUCCAUCCCAGACCACUGCGUCCUAUUCACAGCAGUCCCCAUUGUCCACGGCCUUUUAUUCUGACUCCGAGUCUGACGACGACAUGGAUCAGACCUUCUAUGACAGUUUCCGGUGGUUGGACGAGGAUGGGGACCUGGACCUGUCCUUGGAUGAAUACCACGCUCAUGUCGCCGACGCCGCGACCCGAAAGAGAGCCUGCCCCUCUUUCCGCCGCUCCUUAUCCUUUUCCACACAACUCAAGCGAAAGCAAUUAGCACCCAUCACACCAUACGCAACGCGCGCCCUGCCUCCAUCAUCAUCGCAGCCUCUCACACCACUUUCCAACACGUCGGGGUCCCGCCCAUCCUCCCGUCAUCCCUUCCAUUGUCCCAAAUCCUCGACCUCGAGCAUCGAUCCCGGGGCGCAAUACUACCAGGAUCCAGAUGCGCGCUUGAAGCUGCGCGUGUACCUGGCUUCACCUCAAAAGUUCGACGAAGCCAUUGAGUUCGGAUUUCCUUCCCUUGACGAUAAAGAAAAUGUGCCCGAGCCUCUCUCCCCCAGGCCCACGUUGGUCAAUUCCGACUCCGACUUCGGCACAUUCUUCGAGGAUGACGAUGGCACCAUGGUGGGAAGUCCUGGGAGCUCCAUCAGGAAUGCCCCAGCCGCGUCCCCAGUCCUCCGGGGAACUCCCCGUCCCUCUGUCGAGUCAUGUCUCCUGCAACGGCGCCAAUCAUGGCUCCCAGCCAAAGGCGUUCCACAGCGACUACCUGGCAAUCGCGAGAUGACUCUCAAGAUGACUCUGACGCGGCCGGACCUGCGGAAUGUCUCUCCUACCUCCUCUCCCAAAGAAAAACCUCAAGAUCCCCUCCAACUGGCGGAGCUGCCACCCCCUGAUCGCACCCACCUCAUCUGGGAUGAUGACCUUGAUGAUCAAGGCAUGGUCAAGAAGAUGUGGCGACGGCUCCGUCGACGCGCAUGA